UCCUCUUUUAGUGGCAACCAUGGCUGAACAGACAGAGAGAGCCUACCAGAAGCAGGCACCAAUUUUUCAAAACAAGAAACGUAUCCUGGGUCAACAAGUCAAGAAGGACAAAAAGGAACUACGAUAUGUGAGGAAUGUUGGUCUGGGAUUUAAGACUCCUAAAGAGGCCAUCGAGGGAACAUACAUAGACAAGAAAUGCCCCUUCACAGGAAAUGUAAGCAUCCGUGGCCGUAUUCUGACAGGCAUUGUUGCGAGCAUGAAAAUGAAGCGUACAAUUGUGAUCAGACGGGAUUAUCUGCAUCACAUCAAGAAGUACAACAGAUUUGAAAAACGGCAUAAAAAUCUUUCUGCCCAUCUCUCUCCCUGUUUCAGGUUUGUGAAGUGUUUGGUUUGUAUAAUUUACAGUGCAAUACAUGAUAAUCAUUUGUACAUUUGUGUAGAUUGCUGUGCUUAUAAAUAUUAUUAUCAAGGGUACAAAAGACUUGGUUUGUCUUUGAAGCUCGUCUGGCUCCUAGUCAAAUAUAAUUAUAUUAUCUGUAAUAAAACAAACAUCAUUUGAUGUUCCUUGACAGUA